AAGUGGGGGAGGGAUCAGGUCUUUUGAUAUUUUUUUCCUCCCUUUUUCUGUUGGAUUAAAGAAGGGGGUAGCGAAGAAAGGAGAGGCUCAUACUGAACUCUCCCUUCACUGAUACGUUUCACGCAACGUCCUAUCCCCCCCCCCGGGUUUUAAACUCUCAUAUGCUAUUAUGAAACAUGAGAGGAGGCUAGUGAUGAAAAUAUAGAGAGGAAAUCGGCGGAACAUUGCGGAUUACUUUUCUCCAUUCUGUAGAAAAAGACCAAGGGAGGUGGAUUUGACGGGGAGCUGCUGUCCCCCCCCCUUUUUAAGGAAGUACGGAGCGCCCGUUUACGGAGGGGGCGGGAAAAAAGACCCACCAAAACUACUGGAUCAAUGAGAGAAGACUCGAAGGAUCCCCUGCUGACUUGAGAAAGAAGAGAAAGAAAGAGAGAGAGAGAGAGAGAGAGAGAGAGAGACACGGAUUACUGAGGAACUUAAAAGAAAAAAAGUAAGUCCUACCAGAAGGGACUCCAGGAACCAUGAGCAGUGCAGCAUUGCUGACGCACCUUCCAGACCCCAGCAGCAGCUUCAGAGAAGAUGCCCCACGCCCCCCUGUACCAGGGGAAGAAGGAGAGACACCAUGCCACCUGGCUGCCAGUUUGUUUUUCAUGAAAAACCAAAGCUUCAAGGCCAUGUCAGUUUCUUCCACACCAAGGAGGAAUGAGGAUGGUCUUGGGGAGCCAGAAGGCAGUGCUUCUCCAGACUCCCCUCUAGCACGAUGGACCAAAUCCUUGCAUUCCUUACUGGGAGAUCAAGAUGGUGCCUAUCUCUUUCGGACCUUCCUGGAAAGAGAAAAAUGUGUGGAUACUUUAGACUUCUGGUUUGCCUGCAAUGGCUUCAGGCAGAUGGACCUUAAGGAUACCAAAACUUUAAGAGUAGCCAAAGCUAUAUACAAAAGGUACAUUGAGAACAACAGCAUUGUCUCCAAACAGCUCAAGCCUGCCACUAAGACCUACAUAAGGGAUAAUAUUAAGAAGCAGCAGAUCGAUUCUAUCAUGUUUGAUCAGGCACAGACUGAGAUUCAGACUGUGAUGGAGGAAAAUGCUUACCAGAUGUUUUUGACUUCUGAUAUAUACCUCGAAUAUGUAAGGAGUGGGGGAGAAAAUCCUGCUUACAUUAACAGCAAUGGACUGGGGAGCUUAAAAGUUGACUGUGGCUAUCUCCCUACUUUGAAUGAAGAAGAGGAAUGGAGGUGUGCAGACUUUAAAAACAAACUCUUGCCAUCCGUGCUUGGGCUAUCCAGUAAGGCACUGAGGGCUACAGCAAGUGUCCGAGCUACAGAAACUGUGGGAAAUGGAUUCAGGUCCUUUAAGAGGAAUGAUCCUGUUAACCCUUACCAUGUGAACUCUGGCUAUGUCUUUGCUCCUGCCACUAGUGCAAAUGAUAGUGAAAUAUCUAGUGACGCUCUGACUGAUGACUCCAUGUCAAUGACGGACAGUAGUGUUGAUGGGAUCCCUCCAUACAGACUCGGGAGCAAGAAGCAGCUCCAGAGGGAAAUGCAUCGUAGCGUCAAGGCCAAUGGUCAAGUUUCUCUACCUCACUUUCCACGAACCCACCGUCUUCCUAAAGAAAUGACCCCUGUGGAACCAGCUAUCUUUGCAGCCGAACUCAUCUCUCGGUUGGAGAAGCUCAAGCUGGAGCAAGAGACCAUGGACUGUUUGGAAGAGAGGCUGCAGCAAAUCACAGAGGAUGAAGAGAAGGAGGCAUCUGACGUACCCGUCUGCUCACAGUCCAGCAGAGAUGUUGCGGCCACACAGCAUCAGCAGCACCACCUUGCUAUCUUACCAUCCGGCAGCUAUGAGGAUGACCCACAGGCAAUCCUGGAUGACCACCUAUCCCGAGUGCUGAAGACCCCAGGGUGCCAGUCUCCCGGCAUGGGACGGCAUAGUCCUCGCACACACUCUCCAGACCGCCUUCCAGGUGGCAAGUUGCUACUGGCGCCAGGCACAGCCUCGAUACCCACAGCCUGUGCCCUCAUUGGCAAAGGAUUUAUCACUAAGCAGACCACUAAGCAUGUUCACCAUCACUAUAUACACCACCAUACCAUUCCCAAGACAAAAGAGCAGAUAGAAGCUGAAGCCGCCCAGCGAGUCCAGUGCUUGUGUGGUGGAGGCAGUGACUACUAUUGCUACUCAAAGUGCAAGGGGCACUCCAAAGGGGUGGACCUUCCUGUAGCUCAGCUAGAGCCAUUUGGCCUCAGCAGAACUGGGACGUUACCAAAAAGGAACUGUAAGCUGCCGGAUGGCAUCAUCUUGCCAGGUGGGGAAGGAGGAGGGCUUUCCAUACCACCAGGAAUCCAGCUACCUGGAGGGGAGACAGACCGCUCACAGAAUGUCUGGCAGUGGAUGUUGGAGAGUGAAAGACAAUCUAAGCACAAGCCCCAUAGCACACAAAGCGCAAAGAAGGCCUACAAUUCAGAGUCAACCAGAGGCGUGCCUGGUGAGCGUCCAGCCCGUCACCACCAGUGGGGGAACAGCAGCCACCCACGUGGCGCACAGCCUGCCCACCCUUUUGUCCAGGAUCCUGCCAUGCCGCCACUUACACCACCCAACACUCUGGCCCAGCUAGAGGAAGCGUGCCGCAGGCUGGCGGAAGUAUCCAAACCACAGAAACAACGAUGUUCAGCUUCAAGUCAGCCAAGGGAUCGCAGCCACUUGACUUCUGUACCAGGAGGAAAUGGUCCUUUUUGCAAUGCAAGUGUAGCUUCAGAAGAUCACAAAGAACCAAAGAAACUCCCUAUUGUUCACUCCUCCCAGCCUAGUGAGUUGGUUGUCACUUACUUUUUCUGUGGAGAGGAAAUUCCCUAUAGGAGGAUGUUAAAGGCCCAGAGCCUGACACUUGGGCACUUUAAAGAGCAGCUGAGCAAGAAGGGAAAUUAUAGGUAUUACUUCAAAAAGACAAGUGAUGAGUUUGACUGUGGUGCAGUUUUUGAAGAAAUCUGGGAUGAUGAUGCCAUUCUGCCAAUGUACGAAGGAAGGAUCCUGGGAAAAGUUGAGAGGAUUGACUGACUGGCUGGCAUUGUCUGUGUGUGGGUGUUUUAAGGAGACACAAGCUAAAGAUGCCAGCCUUUGGACACAACCACCAAACAGAUUUUGAAGGAAGGUUGGAACCAAUGAAGAAGAAGCAGCACAGACAGAUUGAGGUCUAUGAAGACUUUGCCAAAUCAGCCUUACAGUUUAUUUUAUUUUUUAGAAAAAGGUUGAGCGGGUUACCAAGUUGUUAAUAACCCUGAACUAUUUAUUAAAAACAUGACCACUCUGGGUUAUUGAAGAUGCAGACAAUGUUUUGAAAGACUUCCAUAUAUAAUAUAUGGCUUCCUGAGGAUCCCAAACCUUAUGGACUAAGAAAAACUGUGUAUAGCUUCCCUUACAGUAAUCCUUAUUGAUAUUUAUUGAACAGUCUGGGGUUUUCCCCCCCCCCUUAAGUCCAGUUUAUGGACAUGCUGCUUUAAACAUUGGAGAGAAGAGGAGAUAUGAUAUAGAGAAAGGGGUGGUUUUAUAUUUUAUUUUUUACAUUGUUUCCACUAUCUAAAUAAAUUAGAAUUUUGUCUUUUAGUAAAAAAAAAAAAAAAGAUAUAAAAGUGCAUUUAUUUCCACCACCUUAGAAAACAAGCUGGAAUUAUGUUGUGUUCAACAUUCCUCCAGUUGUUUGUUUGUUUUCUUGGAGAGGAAGGGGAGAAAGAGGGAGAAUGAAUAUUGUCUUACACAUUUACUCUUCUAGAAAUUGGUGCAUAGUAAUCAAUGCUGCUCUGUUUGUCAGGUCUGGUGCAGACACAACAUCCUUGGUUGCCUCACAGUGGGUUUGGAGAUCAGCAGGAUGCCACUGACUUUUGCAUGGUUUGCCGUGUCCUCUUCCGCACUAUUCCUCUUGUGGACUUAAUCAUGGUGCAGGAUUAUGUCUGCGCUCAUGGUAACACUACCUGUGGUUAGGUUUAACAGAGUUUGAGAACCUGCUUUGAAUCAUGGUUGCAAAGUUUGGUUUGAAACUCACCACGGCUACCGUUAACCAUGGCCCAAAGUAAUGCUGCAUCUUGGUGAGCUCCAUAAAGGGAAGGAGAAAUGUAUUUGCAGGAGGGGAGGAAGAAUGGAUACGCAAGCAGGUAGUUGCUUCUGAUUCCCCUAACUGUGAGCAGGAGAUUGGAAAUGUUGUAUCUGUGCCAGACCUAACUGUGUUCUCAUGGGGUAAAUGUAACAAUUACAAGGGGUAAUAACGGUAUAUGGGUCUUGUCAGUCAGUUUCUGUGGGAAAAAUAUACAACUGCCUGUAUUUUUGCUCUAUGUCAGUAUGCAUUGUUUCCAGUGCCUGUCUUCAGCAAGGCAGCCUGUUGCAAGUCUCCAAGAGCAACACUAUGAAGUUGAUAGGAACCCAAUGGUCCAUAUAGUCUAGUUUUAUGAAAGUUGCCUAUCUCAAGCACAGAAGGAAAAGAGGUACAUGAAAAAAUACUAUUAAUACAGCAUCCAGUUCAUAUUGUCAAUAUAAGAGCCAGAUGUCUUUUAAAAAAAUCAAUAUUUUUCAACAAAAUCAGCGAUGCUUUGUUCUUGAAAGAAAUGUAGUCACUCUUUCAGUAGUGGCACUUUGUAUCAUAAACUAUAGUUAAUAGGCCAAAUUUUCAAGACAGGUGGUGCCCAUCCAAGCUGUAACACCUAUUAUUAGAGUGAAUGGAAACUAUAGGUUGGUGCACUGUUCAACCCUGUGUAGCUUGCUCCAACUUUCUAGGUGAAAUUUUGGCUCCCCGCAACAAAAGUUUCCACUGGGUUCAGCAUAAGGACCAGAAUCUCAUUUUGGGAGCAUUCUUGCUAGGGCUGUCACUAUUCUGAUAAACAAAAAGCAGUCAUGCUUCUACCAGAUCAAUCAGUGUGUGCGGACAUCACAGCUUUCCAUUAAGCUUUGGCAGAGCUUGGAAAAGUUACUUUUUUAAACUACAACCCCCAUCAGCCCCAGCCAGCAUGGCCACUGGAUUGGGCUGAUGGGAGUUGUAGUUCAAAAAAGUAACUUUUCUAAGCUCUGGCUUUGGGCAACUCAGACAUUUUAGCUGUUUUGGCAAGUAGAAAUGAUGCAGUUGCUGGCUUCUGGGACAGUAGCUGGACCAGCUUUAGCCUGUGCUCCUCAAGCAGCCUCAGUAUAAAACAUAGCACACUAGAUUAUGGCUGAAAUGUGUGGAACACUUUUCUGUGAUGUAAAACUAUCACAUGCAUUCUGCAAUCAGAUUGUGUGUAUUGCGACAAAAUACCCAUCUACACCCAUUUUAGUUCUAUUGUGUUUUCUUUCAUUGGUGCAUUGUAUUCCAAUGUUACAUUUCUUUUGUAUAAUAUGUCUGUAUAUAGUGUAGGGGGAAAUGUGGUGGGGAAAAUACUAUUAAUACACUAUCUCUAGUGUGUGUUUUUAAGAAAAACACUUCAAUGAGUACAGUACCUGUGCCUACAUGGUGUUACUAUGCCAUGUUUCGCCCUGUGUUCAGGGUCCAAACUCUCCCUUGUUUGUAUAAGGGGUUUAUGUAUAAUAUAUUUUAUGCCUUUUUACUACAAGUCUUGUACUUUAUGACUUUUGCCAUGACAUUUGUUCUACUUAUACUGUAAAUUAUGCAUUAUAAAGAGUUUCAUUUAAAGAAAAAAAUUACU